AUGAGUCGGCAACCAGCUAAACCAGUGCGUAAAGAGAAAGCACCACCAGAGGUUCCUUCUAUUAUAACCGACCCGGAAAGAAAUAUUCAAUACGACAAAGGAGUAUUCUUGGGAAAAGGAGGCUUUGCACAUUGUUACGAACUCAAAAAUCGUACGACCAAAGAAAUCGUCGCUGGUAAAGUUGUCCCAAAACAACUUUUGGUUAAACAAUACCAACGAGACAAGGUAAGGUAAUAUCGUUUAAAACAUUUUACAGAUUAUUUUUUCAGAUGGCGCAAGAGGUUCAAAUUCAUAGAAAUUUGUCUCAUCCAAAUGUUGUCAAAUUGCUGAACUUUUUCGAAGAUAGACUCAAUGUCUAUAUCACUUUGGAAUUGUGUGCAAGAAGAUCUUUGAUGGAAUUGCAUAAGCGUAGAAAAGCGUUGACUGAACCAGAAGCAAGAUACUUCACAAACCAAAUUGUAGAAGGUGUUCUUUAUCUACACGAAUUGAAUAUCAUUCAUCGCGAUUUGAAACUCGGAAAUCUCUUCCUAAAUGAUGAGCUCCAAGUUAAAAUUGGUGAUUUCGGUUUGGCGACCACAGUUGAAAGUGGAGAACGGAAACGGACACUUUGUGGAACUCCAAACUACAUUGCUCGUAAGUUUAUCAGACUGUUAAUCAGACUUUGAAAACUCAAUUUUUUCAGCUGAGGUAUUGAACAAACAAGGACAUUCUUUUGAAGUUGAUAUUUGGGCAAUUGGAUGUAUUUUAUACAUUUUAUUGUUCGGUCAACCACCAUUUGAAUCGAAAUCACUCGAAGAGACAUAUUCAAGAAUCAAGAACAAUAUGUACUCGAUUCCAAAUACAAGUAGUCCUUCAGCUGUUAGCUUGAUCCGUAAACUUUUGGACCCUACACCAGUAAAUCGUCCAAAUGCUCGACAGGUAGAGUAUUUUAUCAAGACGUGUUCUAAAUUCAAAUGAUUCAUUUCUAAAAUAAUCACUCGCUUUAUAGGUUCAUCGCGAUCACUUCUUCAAAACUGGAUUCAUGCCUUCGAGACUACCAAUUUCAUGUUUGACAAUGGUACCGAAAUUCGGAAGAGAGACUACAACCGCCGAAAAUUUGGCACCAGAAGGAACAUCAGAAGGACAACAAAGAUCGCUUCAAGGUCGUUCUGGACUUCAACCAAUUUUGCAUCACAGAGUUACGGAUAAUGCCGACAGAGAACGUGCUCAACAAAUGGCUUCGGAAGCAACAUUCCGCGAACCAGAAGAUGCAUAUUUAUCACAAUUGUAUGGUCAAAUGACAAAUUUGUUGAAUAAAAGAAUGCCUGAUUUGGCAGAAGAAGAAGCUGCUCUGGAUGACUAUCAAUCACCCGAAUGUUUGCCAAUCUUCUGGAUUUCCAAAUGGGUUGAUUAUUCGGACAAAUAUGGAAUUGGAUAUCAAUUAUGUGACAAUUCUGUUGGUGUUCUUUUCAACGAUAAUUCGAGAAUUAUGUUGGAUCAAGCUGGAAAUGAAUUGACAUAUAUCGAAAAAACAAACAAGGAACAUUAUUAUACAAUGUCUCAGGUUUUGCCAAAUGCAUUGACCAAAAAAGUUACAUUGCUCAAAUAUUUCCGUUCUUAUAUGAAUGAUCAUCUUGUAAAAGCUGGAGAAGGAGCUGGACAAAGGGUAUGGAAAUAACAAAUAAUCAGUUUACAAAGCAUUUUUAUUUAUUUCUAGGCUGGAGAUGAUUUGGCUCGUUUGCCAACACUUCGUGUUUGGUUCCGUACAAAAUCAGCAAUUGUACUUCACUUGUCAAAUGGAACUGUUCAGAUCAAUUUCUUCACGGUAUGUGGGAUAGAUAUUUCAUUUAGAUGAAUAAAUUCAUAUUUUUUAGGAUCACAUCAAAAUGAUGAUUUGUCCAUUGAUGCAAUCGGUCACAUUCAUCGACCAACAAAAACGUAUGCUCACAUACAAAUUCUCCAAUUUGACAACAAAUGGUUGCCCACAAAAGUUCUUGCAUCGUUUGUCUUAUGCUAAAUCGAUGAUUGAGCGAUUGAUGAAUGAUACAUCAUCUGUUAAAGGAACAUCUAUCACAACUGCUAAUGCACCGGUUAGAACUAUUUCAUGAGUUAUGUGAUCAAAAAAAUAAUAAUUUUCAGCAAGGUCGAUCAGCUUCAGCAAGUUCGCGACAUUUACUACAAAAUGGGCAAAUGCACGGAUCGGCGAGUGUUUCGAAUAUGGGAAGAAACAAUUGUUAA